CUGUGCCGCGAGUCAGUAGCGCCGGGAGCGCGGGACUGGGACAACGGUGUGCCACUAGGGUCGCUGGGCAGAGACACAAGACCUCGCCGGGCCAUGGCAGCACCCCCUGUCAAAGGGAAAGGGAAACAGCCUGAGGAGGGUGACUUAGAGCUCCCUGUGUCCCCUAAACCUGAUGGUGCACAGAGCAGGAGCCAGAGCCCCAUCCAAUUGGAGGACUCCCCUGAGGCAGGCGGGGAGCGGGAGGAGGAGCAGGCCUUCCUGGUCAGCCUCUACAAGUUCAUGAAGGAGCGUCACACGCCUAUCGAGAGGGUGCCCCAUCUCGGCUUCAAGCAGAUUAACCUGUGGAAGAUCUACAAAGCAGUGGAGAAGCUGGGGGCCUACGAGCUGGUGACUGGCCGCCGCCUCUGGAAGAAUGUAUAUGAUGAGCUGGGGGGCAGCCCGGGCAGCACAAGUGCAGCCACAUGCACUCGCCGCCAUUAUGAGAGGCUGGUCCUCCCAUAUGUGCGGCACCUGAAGGGAGAGGAUGACAAACCACUGCCCCCCUCCAAGCCCAGGAAACAAUACAAGAUGGCCAAAGAGCUGAGGGGGGAUGAUGGGACCACUGAGAAGCCAAAGAAGGCCAAGGAAGAGAGGCAGGUGGACCAGACUGUGGCAGGAAAGACCAAAACAGAUACCCCUGUCCUGACACAGCUUCCCAGUCAGGGACCCUCAAGGGACAGCAUGGAACAGCUGGGCCCAGCUUCUGGGCCCUCUCUGCCAUUCAUGGGUGCUAGUGGCUGCCCCGAGGCCUACAAGCGGCUCUUGUCCAGCUUCUACUGCAAAGGGACGCAUGGCAUCAUGUCACCACUAGCCAAAAAGAAGCUCUUGGCCCAGGUCAGCAAGGCAGAGGCCUUGCAGUGCCAGGAAGAAGGCUGUCGCCACGGGGCAAGGAGCCCUGACAGGGAUACCCAAGAAAGUCCCCAGAGUCCAAGGGGGCCAGCUGAGAAUUCUGGACACCGGCUCACCCCCCAGGAAGGAUUGCAGGCCCCUGGUGGCAGCACCAGAGUGGAGGUACAGGUGGGCCCCUGCCCAGCAGCCCCCACCUUCACAGGCUGUUUUCAUGCCUGCCCCACAGAGGUGCUGAAGCCUGUCAGCCAGCACCCUCAAGACUUCUUCUCCAGCCUUAAAGAUGGGGUGCCGCUGGGACCUCCUGGUAAAGAGGAGGGGCUGUCGACCAAAGAGCCCCAGUUGGUGUGGGGUGGGGAUGCCAACCGCCCCUCUGCGUUCCAUAAAGGUGGCUCCAGAAAGAGCAGCUUCUACCCCAAGCCCAAAGCCUGCUGGGUGUCCCCCAUGGCCAAGGUCCCUGCUGAGAACCCUGUGGCCCGGCCCACCAUCCCCAGCAACCCAGGCCUUGGCAACAAGCGCAGCCUAGAAGAAGAGGGUUUUGCUCAUGGUGGCAAAAAACUGCGGGCAGUAUCUCCCUUUCUGAAGGAGGUGGAUGCCAAGGAGUCCGGAGGAAAGCCUGCAGUGCCUGGUCUGGCCAUGUCCUGCCUGCUGGGCCCAGCCUUGGGGCCCAACUCCCCGGAGGCCUACAGAGGCACCAUGCUGCGCUGCCCUCUGAACUUCACCAGUACCCCAGACCCUCUGAAGGGCCAGGCUGCACUUCCCUUCAGCCCCUUGGUCAUCCCAGCUUUCCCAGCCCAUUUCCUGGCCACAACAGGGCCCUCACCCAUGGCCACCAGCCUGAUGCACUUCCCUCCCACAUCCUUCGACAGUGCCCUCCGCCACAGACUGGGCCCAGCUUCAUCUGCCUGGCACAUGCCACCUGUUACAACCUAUGCAGCACCUCACUUCUUCCACCUCAACACCAAGCUGUAGGUUGGAGCUUACUACUUUAUGCUGUGCUGUGAAGGUUUGAUAGGGCCCUAAAUGAGCAAGCGAUGCUGGGGGACCUAGGCCAGAGCCCACUGCCCAGGACUCUCAGGCUGGUUAGCCUGGCACAGGGGGAGGCAGUAGGCUUUUCUCAGUGAAGCAGCCUGAGCCCAAGGCCCAGGGACCAAGUUGUGGUAAGAUCAUAAAAACACCAUUCAGGGUGGCCACUCUGAGCUAGCACACCCUCUCCUCAUAGGUCGAGAGGGCUGAGACUGAGGAGCCAAUGGCAGCUCAAGGUAUCGCUGUUGGCCAUGGAAAGUCCAAUAAAAAGACACUAGUGUGAUUGUACCCAGCCGUGAGGUGUACAGGAUUGGACUUUUGCAAGGGGAGGCCAGGUGGGAACAAGCUUGUGGAUGAGGCCACCAGUAUGGGAGCCAAGGAGAUGAAGAGACACCACUCAGUGACCUGAAUACUACCACCAUACUGGAGGGCAGGCCCAGAGCAAAACUCAGCCUCCUGUGCACAGAUGAGCAGUCCCAACAGUGCAUCCUUUUGCUCCAGUCUCAGGACACCUGCUUGCUGAGGUUGUCAUAGUGCAAAUCUUAAAGCACACUGGUGACUUAUGAGACCCAUGAGGGUAGGACUGUGACUCCAGCACUCUGAGCUGAACUAUACUCACUGUCCCAGGAUACACAUUCCCUUCAUCAAUUAGCCAGCAGUGAACAGGGGAAUUACUUGCUUUGAGAUGGGAUUGUUCAUGAUAGUCCCAGACUCCUGGCCUCAAGAGAACAUUUUUCUGUGGCCUCCCUAGUCACUGGGACUACAAGUGUGUACCACCAUACCUGAGAAAGAGGAGGUUUUGAGGGUGCUAACAUGAACCCCAAGUUAAUGUGUCCUGGUAGCAAGUAGAUUUGUGAGCCAUGCUGCCCAAUGCUCUGAGUGACCUGCCACCAUGCCUAUUUGCCCCAGACAGAUGGGUCAAAAAGGCAUGCUAGACUGGGGUGAGGCAGGGGGAAGAGUCAGGGGGGUCUAUACUAUAUCUGUCUGGGAAUCUGUUGAGCCACAGUGGGUUUUAGGUAUAACGUUGCUCUAGGAGUACACGCAGAAACUCUACAGCCCAGUGCCCUCCUCCCUACAGAUUCUGGUUGGGGAGCAGAGGGCCCCUCAGAGGUGGUGCACCUUACCUGCCCCAAGGAGACUUCCCUCAGCAGUUUCAUGCCUGUUCUGGAAAGGCAGUGUCACCAUGGCCCAGGGAUGCCUGGGUGCCAGCGAACCAGGUCAGCAAGUGGCCUCUGACCUGCAUUAUGGGAACUCACCCUGCUCCUGACCUCAGGCCAUGGGGUGGGACAAGCUUUCAUGAACCCCUUAGUUCACAGGUAGGGUGGCCAAGGCAAGGGGUAAGAGGGUGCCUAGCAUUGGGAAUCAGGUGUCCAGAGAAGGCAGCUGUCCAUGGAGGGAAGUUUAGAUAUAAUACCAGGUAGCCAGAGGAUGGUAGUUGUCCCACUGUUGUGAGCACAUUGAGGCAUCUCCCCACUCCUCACCUUCCUUUUGGAGACACCAAGAUGCCAGCCUGAGGAUGCAAACAGCCAGCCAUGAGCUCCUGGCUGCACCUAUGCACUGCACCAUCUGUGAGUUUGUGUAGCCCAGUGAGAAGGGACUACAUAGGCAGACAAAUGCUCUGGGUGCUGGGCUGCACAUAAUGGCUCAGAUUCCCUGGAUAAUGGGGAGAUGAAGGCUACCUGUGUGUAUAGAGGGUGCUGCCUGAUCUUUGGGGUUCCCUCCAUCUGCAAAAUGACAUUGGCCUCACUGCUCAAAGGCUAGUAGUCUGACUUGGGUGCAGAUUGCUCAGGGCUGUGGUGGUGGCGCCCUCUGGAGGCAUAGCUGAAGAAUGCAUGUCUCAGGAUGGUUGUGAUUUCUAGGUUGGAAGACACUGGAAUGGAAAACAAAUCCUGUGCUCUGAGCUCUGCUUUGGUAACCUCGCACGAUUUUCCUGCCCCGCUAUGGGAAGGUUCUUGUCCCCAUUUACAAAUGAUAGAACAGAGCUCAGAGAUAAGAUGACUCCAAAUGCCAGGAUGGCUGAAACGUUUGCUUGCUGUGCACAUCUUCCUAUAUUCAUUCCUGCCCCUGACAGGCUGCCCUGGGGACUCAGAGGCCAGAGGAACUCACAGCAUUAGUGUUUGCAGGAUAAAUCAUGUUUGGGGGACAUUUUUAGGUCCACUUUCAAGAUGUCCAUGACAUUUGAGCUGCUGGUGGUUGCAGGGGCUGGAGGCCACCCUAGAAGAUGUGCUGACUGCCCCUCCUCACUAUUGUCCCAGCUCAUUUUCCUGGUAGUGUCCCAGCACUCCGGAGGUAGAAACAGAAGGAUCACAGGUUUAAAGACAUUUCAGCUACAUCUGGAGUUCCAGGCUAGCCUUGAUUACACAGUCCUUAUUUCAAAAAAGGAGAAAAAAAAAAAAAAA